AUGUACUCGGCGAUUCGCUCGCUUCCUCUCGACGGUGGACUCUCCGGCGAGUUCCACGGACCUCUCGACGGAACCAAUCUUCCCGGAGACGCAUGUUUGGUCUUAACCACUGACCCCAAACCCCGUCUCCGGUGGACGUCGGAGCUUCAUGAGAGGUUCGUCGACGCCGUCACCCAGCUCGGAGGUCCCGACAAAGCGACGCCUAAAACUAUCAUGAGAACGAUGGGAGUGAAGGGACUCACUCUCUACCACCUCAAAUCACAUCUUCAGAAAUUCCGACUAGGGAGGCAAGCUUGCAAAGAAUCAACUGAGAACUCCAAGGAUGCUUCUUGUGUUGGGGAGAGUCAGGAUACAGGUUCAUCUUCAUCAUCAUCGCUGAGAAUGGCAGCGCAGGAGCAGAACGAGAGUUACCAAGUCACCGAGGCUCUACGUGCUCAGAUGGAAGUCCAAAGAAGACUACACGAGCAAUUGGAGGUGCAACGGAGACUCCAGCUGAGGAUAGAGGCACAAGGGAAGUACUUGCAAUCGAUUCUUGAAAAAGCCUGCAAGGCCUUCGACGAGCAAGCGGCUGCUUUUGCCGGACUUGAGGCAGCUAGGGAAGAGCUAUCAGACCUAGCCAUCAAAGUCUCCAACAACUCUCAAGGAACAACAGUCCCGUUCUUCGAUACAACCAAGAUGAUGAUGAUGCCGUCUCUCUCCGAGCUGGCAGAAGCGAUAGACCACAAGAACAACAUCACAACCAACUGUUCGGUAGAAAGCUCUCUGACUUCCAUCACCAAUGGGAGCUCGGUGUCCGCUGCGUCGAUGAAGAAGCGGCUUCGUGGAGACAGUGUGGGUGUUGGGUAUGAAGCUGGCUGGAUUAUGCCUAGUAGUACCAUUGGAUAA